CGAUUUUGCACAGACUGUCACUAUGCGCAUCUUUCCCAGAGAGCAGGACAAGCUUCUUCUACAUCAGGCUGGAUAUUUGGCUCAGAAGAGGCUUGCCAGGGGCCUCCGCCUCAACCAGACUGAAGCAGUCGCCUUGAUUGCUUCUCAGCUUCACGAGCUCAUCCGCGAUGGGAAGCACUCAGUCGCAGACCUAGCACAGCAUGGGAAGAGGAUGCUAGGACGCAGGCACGUUCUCCCAGGAGUUCCUAUUCUCGUUAAAGUGAUACAGGUCGAGGGCACCUUCGUAAAUGGGGUAUUCCUGGUUACGGUUCGCGACCCUAUCUGCACCGAGGAUGGCAACCUUGCUGCCGCCCUCUACGGUUCCUUCCUUCCUAUCCCGUCUGCGGAUCCGUUCUCGCAUGUCGAUACGUCUGAGUUUGCGCGAGACAAAGCCCCGGGUGCCGUCAUAGCCAAAAAGGAACGGAUAACCCUAAACAAGAACCGCAAGCGCAUUAAGCUCAAAGUCACGAACAACGGUGACCGACCAGUGCAGAUCGGUUCUCACUACCACUUCAUCGAGACGAACUCGGCACUCGAUUUCGAUCGCGGCAAAGCAUACGGAAAGCGACUUGACAUUGCAGCUGGCGCCUCCGUUCGUUUCGAGCCUAGCGAAGUUAAAACGGUUACACUGGUCGACAUUGGCGGUACAAAGAUCAUUACGGGAGGUAACCGGUUGGCUACCGGCGUAGUAGAUCCCUCCAGAAUAGGUAAAAUCGUCGUGGACCUGGUGCGCCAGGGGUUUGCGCAUACACCAGAGCCGGGGGCCAUGGAGCUCGAGGUGUCCGUACACAACACCAUCUCGCGCGAAAACUAUGUGUCCCUGUUUGGACCGACUGUUGGCGACCGCGUACGGUUGGGAGACACAUCACUUUGGAUCGAGGUCGAACGAGACAUGACUACCUACGGUGACGAGCUCAAGUUCGGUACGGGAAAGACUCUCCGCGAGGGCAUGGGCCAAGCUACGGAUCGUUCCUCACAAAAGAGUCUGGACCUCGUAAUUACUAACGCUCUGAUCAUCGACUGGUCUGGUAUCUACAAGGCGGACAUCGGCGUGCGCGACGGGAUUAUCGCUGGCAUAGGAAAGGCAGGCAACCCCGACGUCAUGGACGGCGUCGACGAAAACCUCGUCGUUGGCUCAUCUACCGAGGCUAUCUCCGGCGAGAAGCUCAUCGUCACCGCGGGCGCAAUUGACGUCCACUGCCACUACAUCUGUCCCCAGCAGAUCCCUGAGGCCCUCGCGUCGGGCACGACGACGAUGAUCGGCGGCGGCACGGGCCCGGCGAGCGGCACCAAUGCGACAACAUGCACGCCGAGCCCGUUCUACAUGCGCCACAUGCUUGCGGCGACAGACGGCCUGCCGAUGAACUUCGGUUUCACGGGAAAGGGUAGCGACUCAGGCCCCACCGCGUUAGAGGAGAUCGUCAAGGCCGGCGCUUGCGGGCUGAAGCUGCAUGAGGACUGGGGGGCGACACCCGCUGCGAUUACCAACUGCCUGGCCAUCGGCAAAAAAUAUGAUGUGCAGGUCAAUAUCCAUACGGAUACCAUGAACGAGAGCGGGUUUCUCGAGACCACUCUAAAGGCAUUCGGUAGCCAUACCAUCCAUGCCUACCAUACGGAAGGUGCUGGUGGUGGGCAUGCGCCUGACAUCAUCGCCAUUUGCGAGCGACCCAGGGUCCUGCCGUCUUCAACUAACCCUACGCGCCCGUACGCGAAAGAUACUCCGGAUGAACAUCUCGAGAUGAUCAUGGUCGCCCACAAUAUAGACUCGAGCAAUCCAGAGGAUAUUCUUUUAGCGGAGUCGCGUGUCCGUGCCCAGACUAUGGCCGCUGAGGACGCCUUGCACGACAUAGGCGCGAUCUCGAUGAUCUCCUCGGACUCGCAAGCCAUGGGCCGCGUCGGCGAAGUCGUGUCUCGCACGUGGCGCACUGCGAGCAAGAUGCGUGAGCUCAUGGGUCCACUCACCUCCCUAGGCGACUCCGAGGGCUGCGACAAUGGGCGCGUGAAGCGCUACAUCUCGAAAUACACGAUCAACCCUGCCAUCACCCAUGGGAUAAGCCACCUUGUAGGCCAGAUUGCAGUCGGCCAGGUUGCCGACCUGGUCCUCUGGAAGUUUGAGAAUUUUGGUGCGAAACCCGAGAUCGUCCUCAAGUCCGGCGUCAUUGCUUGGAGCCAGAUUGGUGAACCGAACGGGUCUAUCCCGACCGUCCAGCCGUUCUUUGGCCGGCCAAUGUGGGGCGCAUACGCCGCGAGCGCCGCGCUGAACUCGAUCUCGUUCGUGAGCGAGGUGAGCAUCGCGAACGGCACCAUCGCAGCGUACGGACUCGCGAAACGGGUCGAGCCCGUGCGCGACUGCUGCGAGGUCACGAAGGAUAAAAUGAAGUGGAACGACGCGACGCCGCAGAUGCGCGUCGAUCCCGAGACGUUCGAGGUCUUCGCCGAUGACGAGCCCAUACAUACUACUCCGCCUGCGGACACGGUCCCAUUGGCGAGGUUCUACAAUCUGUUCUAGUGGCCAGGACUGGAGAGGGUCAUUGGGAUGAACCUCGGCUGCAUAAAAUAGCGAAGAAAGUGUACAAUAGGUCGCACAAAUGAACGACGAAUGGAAUAUCCAGAUUUUGAU